UCAUCCUCAAGAUAACUUACAGGUAGUUUCACUUGUAUCUAGGAAUGACCACAAAUUUUAAAGAACUCUGUGUUACCGACUCCUACUGGGCUCUAUCCAAUCCUCUGCUGCUAAUGUCAUUCGUUUCCUUGUGCUUGGAAAUUGACCACGCGUUGCUAAUUUUCGUUCGGUUUCCCCUUAUAAAAGGUAAAAUAUCGUUCAAUUUCUUACUCUCCUAAUUGCUUUAGGUCUAUUUUUACAGUCAUAGACAUUAGGUUGCAGUAAGUACUCGGUUUAUAGAUAUAGGUACUGGAAAAAUUUGGAGGUUAGAUCACGUUAUGCAAUCAUAGUGUGAAAAUGGGAAAAUCGCACAGAUCUUCCUCUCGAUCUAGUUCUGUCUCCAGCACGGACGCUCAUAGACGAAGCCAUCGAGACAAAUCCGACCUCGAAAGGCGUUUACGCCAUUUGGAACGGAAAGUCCGCAAAUCUCGUCACGCCCGGAAACAUCACACCAGGCGUAGUCGUUCCACAUCUCUUUCUCCACGUCAUACACAUGAACGUGGGGAAAGAACAAGUCCUCUUCACAGCAGCAAGGAGUCAGAAGGGUUUGAUCGCGGCACAUUUUCUCGAUGCCCGACCCCUAUUUCUCUGCCAACCAACGGUGGCGAGCCUGAUGUACUUGUUUGCUUGGAACCCGACCUCGAAAAAGAGGUUUUAGCCUUGUUAGGGGAUGACCCAUCAGAAAAAUCUGAGGAGAUUCACCUUCAUGAAGCACUAACUGUGCGUUGGAACUAUAACCUCACACGAGGUUUGGAUGCUCAGGUAAAAACAGCAUUAUUGGGGAAAUACCAAACACCAAUCAAUUGCGAAUUACUCAAAGCACCAGAAAUUCUACCUGCAUUAGCCGAUAUACAAAUCAAGAAGGAUAAGUAUCAACGUUUAGGUCAAUCUCAAUUGGGCGUGGGUCUCACCUCACUAGGUGAAGCUUUGACCCUUCUUCUGAAGGAGAGUGGUUCCCGAAAUGAGGAAUUAUUGAAAUUAUUAAUAGAUUCCGGAAAAAUUUUGACAGAUCUUUUCUUUAAUAUGUCCCGAUCUAGAAGAGCCAACAUUGCUCAAAAUCUUAAUAAGUCUAUGAAGGACAUAAUCCAGAAAGAUACACCAGGUCACUUUCUGUUUGGAGAGGACUUAAGUGAACGCAUUAAAUCUGCAAAGACUUUACAAAAGUCAAGUCAGGACCUCAAAGCGGUACCAGAUAAAUUAAUAGUAAAAACCCCUAAAAUCAGUCAAAAAAGAGGGGGGGGGGAGGAACAACUAAUUACCCAUCCACCUCCAGGUCUUUAAACUCGAGGAGCUCGUUUCGGUCAACGAGGGACCUGAAACAAAAAGGGCGAGAUCCUCGACCGUAUCAGAGUUACAAAAAUUACCGGAGUCGCAGUCCCUCACGCUCCAACAAACGUUAGAGUUACGAACAACACCCUCUGAGGCUUACUCUGGUUGCCACACUUUUGUCAGGGAAGUUUUUUCUCAGAAGAAAAAUACCCGAACAAUCAAUCCUCAUAAUGUUGCAGUCUUUGUCGACCGGGACUUUAAAGCAGUAUGACUGCACAUACAGCAGCUGGUGGCUUUUCUGUUCAAAGUUCAAUCUAUGUCCUUAUACUGCUACUUCCAAUGAGGUACUACAAUUUUUGCAGGACAUAUUUACCUCAAAAAAUUAUAGUUAUGGGACGUUUAAUUCCCAUCGCUCAGCUUUAUCUUUAAUCAUUCCUGAUAUUGGAACUAAUAUUUACAUAAAACGAUUUUUGAAGGGGAUAGCGCGACUUCGCCCGGUACGUCGCAAAUACGACUUUACUUGGGAUCCCAGUAAGGUCUUAGAUUUUUUGAAUAACUUGUUUCCUAAGACCAACCUUUCAUUGCAAAAACUCACGUACAAAUUGAUCACGCUGUUAGCACUGAUCACUGGACAUCGUGUUCAAACACUAUCCUUGAUUAAAUUAUCAAAUAUUCUUAAGAUGGAUACCAAAAUUCAGAUCCGAAUAACAGAAAACAUUAAAACGUCUUUACUGACAAAAAACGAACCGUGCCUUCAAAUCCCUUUCUUUAACGAACAACCUGGAGUUUGUGCUGCUCUAACCUUAUCAGACUAUAUCCAGAGGACUGCUCAGAUUCGUAAAGAUGUUGACUCUCUGUUCCUGACAAUAAAAUCACCUCAUAAAGCAGCUAAUAAACAAACAUUAAGUAAAUGGAUAAAAACCACAUUAUCUAUGGCUGGAAUUAAUACUAGUAUUUUCUCAGCUCAUUCAACUAGACAUGCGUCAUCAUCUGCAGCUUUACGCAAAGGCAUUUCAUUGGAUGUAAUCCAUAAGACUGCAGAUUGGUCCGAAAAGUCACAAACUUUUGCCAAAACCUACAAUCUGCCUCUAGCUGCAGAGACCGAUUUUCCCAAGGCAAUUAUGCAAUGAGUCAUGUGCCUUUUUUCCUUUUCGUUAUUAAAAGAAUAUAUGUUUUGUUUAUCUUUAAUUUUACAAUGUAGACGCUCAAAUAAACUUUUGAUGUUA